AGCCACCGUCGCUGUCACAAGGUCCGUGGAAGUCACUCACCUGCACAGACCCGUGGUGCUAGCUUUCUGUUCGCACAACAAGCUUUCCUUUCAGCCGUCAAAAUCGCAGCCACCGCCAGCGCCAGUUGCCGUCGCGAGUGUCUUCCUGCCGGCGCCAGCUCUGUUCGACCCUUCUACCCCAGUCACUGUUCCUGUCGCCGCCAGCUCUGCAUUCUUCUCUGUCUUCCACUAACCCUAGAGAGAGAAGAAGGUUGAUUGGUCGAUGGAGGUGGAGCAACCUAAGCCAAAGCCAACGCCGAAGCGGUUUGUGAAGAACCAAAUCCCCGAUUCCAUCCUCAACGACGCAGCCCUCAACGCCGCCAUCUCCGUUCUCCCUCACAACUACAACUUCGAGGUCCACAAAUGCGUUUGGCGUGUUCUUUCCACCGGCGCCAAGCGCGUUGCCCUUCAGUUCCCCGAGGGCCUCCUCAUGUACUCCCUCCCUCUCUCCGACAUCCUCACUGCCUUCGCCGCCGUCGACCGCUGCUACGUUCUCGGUGACGUCACCUACGGCGCUUGUUGUGUCGACGACUUCUCCGCCGCUGCGCUCUCCGCCGACCUCCUCAUCCACUACGGCCACAGCUGCCUUGUCCCCAUCGAUUCCACCACCAUCCCCUGUCUCUACGUCUUCGUCGACAUCAAAAUCGACGUUUCCCAUUUGGUUGAUACCUUUAAAUUGAACCUCGAAUCUCGCGCCCAGAACCUUGUAUUAGCUGGUACUAUUCAGUUUGCAUCUGCAAUUAGGGCUGCGAAGCCGGAAUUGGAGAAAUCAGGGUUUAGUGUUUUGGUACCACAGUCCAAGCCUCUUUCGGCCGGUGAGGUUCUUGGCUGCACUGCUCCCAAGGUUUCAUUAAUGGAUUCGUUUAGUGAGAAUCCUGAGAAUAGCGUUUUGGUAUUUGUAGCUGAUGGAAGGUUUCAUCUUGAGGCGAUCAUGAUAGCUAAUCCUGGGAUUAAGGCUUUUAGGUAUGACCCUUACAUUGGAAAGUUGUUUCUGGAAGAGUAUGAUCACGUGGGAAUGAAGGAAUCUAGGAAAGGUGCGAUUUUGAGAGCGAGGGAGGAAGCUCGGAAUUGGGGUGUUGUUUUGGGGACUUUGGGUAGGCAAGGGAAUCCUAAGAUUCUGGAGAGAUUGGAAAAGAAUAUGAAGGAAAAAGGGUUCUUUUAUACUGUUUUCUUGAUGUCUGAGAUUAGCCCUGCAAGGAUUGCAUUGUUUGAGGACUCCGUGGAUGCUUGGAUUCAGAUUGCUUGUCCUCGGUUAUCGAUUGAUUGGGGUGAUGCUUUUGGGAAACCAGUGCUCAAUCCCUUCGAGGCAGAGAUCGCGUUGGGGGUGAUACCUGGCUGGUGGGAGAAGAAGAAAAAUGUGUUGGUGGCAAAGGUGCAGGAAGGUUGUGAAGAUGGUGGUGUAAGUUGCCAGAAGAGUGGUGAUUCUUCUUGUGAGUGUAGCUGGGGAGAAGAUGAAAAUGGAAAUGGAAAGAGCGAUUUUGGUGGUGAAUAUCCAAUGGACUAUUAUUCUCAAGAUGGUGGGGAGUGGAAUUCCUCUUAUGUGAAGAAGUCCUCUCGUCCUUGCAUUCAAGUUGCAAGGGUAAACUACAAUAUGGUGAGCAGACUAAUAAGAGUGAUGCUGAUGAAGGGCUUAAUGGUAAUAUGAGAUCAGGAUUCACUGAUAGCCCCGACAAAAUUAUUAUUACUCCUAAGACCUCUAAAAGAGGUUCCCAGCCUAAAGGGAUUUUCAAGAGUCCUCCUUGCCCGGCCAACCGCAUAGGGUUUAACUCUGUUCAGAGUUGCUCUAAGAGUGCCAUAGCAUUUUCACAGCAGCAGAUGCACGAUGUAGAAUGUUUGACAAUGAAACUCACAAAGGAAUUGAAG